AUGUGGAUCAUCGUGGUAAUUCUGUUUUCUUUUGAAAAUUUCUGCUUAUCAUGUCGAAUCGAAAGUUCACUUCAUGGGAUUUACAGAAAACAGUCAAAUAAUCUGAUGCCAGUUGAAGGAGGCGUUGGAAGACAGAGUAUUAUUUAUGAAGAUAUAACUUUAACGGCGACAUCAAUUAGUAAUUAUGGAGAUUGCUACACAAAGUAUGGUCCGUCUUACAUAAUGGGAUUGAAAAGAAUGGGUCGUCCGAUCUGUUUUCGAUGUCUCACUCCGAUUUUAUUGUCUCAAAACGUUCUUCAAUUAGCACAUCAAUACGAAGAAAACUGCUAUGAGACAGAAAAGGAAGCAAAAAUGACUUGCUUUGACUCUGCUCUGGUCACGAUUUCAGAUGGAGCACUUUUGUUUCGAACUUCUGAUGAGCAAGCUGCUAGUUGUAGUCCGAUUGAUGGACGUUUUGAGGUCUCUUAUCGAAUGAACGACGCUGCUUUGAGUUGUGAAUCUGGAGACGGGACUACUGCAAACAACUGUGAAUCCUCUUCUAGAAUACAGAUUCAAUUCAAGAAUUGCUCGUUUCCAGACUUCGACAUGACUCUCCGAUGUGUUGGAUCAUGGAGAGAUAGAAAGAACCAGCAAUAUUUUAUUGUUCAAAACGAGGAAAAUGAGGAGUACCGAUGCGGAAUUGUGAUCGAAGAGACGAACGUUCGAAAACUUUACUUUGCAAAUGACUCGUCUUGCUCUUCUCUUUCAAUGAAAACUGCAUUCGACAGCUAUUAUUUCCACUCCGGAGCCAUUGCUAAACCAUUUGCUCCGUGUGUAUUUCCAGUGUGGAUGCAAGGAGAAUUCGAUUCGAUGCGAGUUUCUUCCAAUGAGUUACAGUAUCUACAACAUCAUGUUGGAGCAGUUCCUCUUAUUUCUCAUUGUGUUAAAACCUUUGAGGAUAGAGUUAUGGUUUUCUCGGAGACCAAAUGUGGUGAACCGCUUGGUUAUCACUGUCUACUAUUCAAUGCUCGAAGUCAGAAUCUUAUUGAAUUCAAAACAAGUGUACCUACCGACAAGUCAAAUACAAGUAUUUGCACAAAUAACACUCAAUGGGACAAUGUUCCCUGGUUCUCUUCAGUUGUCCUCAACACUUCUCCCUAUCCAUGUGGAGUUUUUGGAACUUUUUCAACUCCAAAAACCCUCGAUCAAGAUUAUUGUUAUGAUGUAGUCUUUGAUUGUAACGAUUCUUCUAAAAUGGAUAUUCUCGCCUAUCAUUGUAAUGAUGGAGUCAUCUUUGAUUCAAAGUCCUAUACCUGCCUAGCUUCGUGGAAGCAUGAUGAUAGGCUUUUGAUCUACGCCAACCGGGGUACCGACGAGAAAGAAUGUUUCGUGACUCACUUUCAAGAUGAAAAGCUAUAUGUUGCUGCCACAGGAGAUCAAUGUGAGAGGAACAUUGACUUUGCGAAAAAUCAAGAACUGAUCAUGGUUUUGGAGGAGAAACAAACAUGUCGAAAACAUACAAUGAAGUCACGAAAACCAACGAAACUUCAUGCUUCACCACUUUUUGAAGUCAACGCAACAUCAUCACCUCCUUCGGAAACAACGGAAACAACAGAACUGUCAGUCUUAUCUGAUGAGUUCUGGUUUUCAAAUUCCGGAUCAAAAGUUGGAUUCGAAUUAUUGCUACUGUUGUGUUUAUACAUUAUUUAUUAA